AUGUUUCUAAACGUCGAUGCUUGUAUCGAAACUUUAAAAGGCGGUGAAUGCGUCAGCGAACAAGAAUUGCGUCAAUUAUGCCAAUAUGUAUCUGAACUAUUGAUGGAAGAGUCCAAUGUCCAGCCAGUCUUGUCCCCCGUCACCAUUGUGGGCGACUUGCACGGACAGGUAUUUGACUUGCUCAAUUUGUUAAAGGUUGGAGGAUGGCCUCCGGAGACUUCGUAUGUGUUUUUGGGAGAUUUUGUGGAUCGUGGGCACAAUUCUGUCGAAACACUGAGUCUAUUGCUAGCUCUAAAGCUCAAAUACCCCGGACAUGUGACACUUUUGAGAGGGAAUCAUGAGUCUCGACAAAUUACUCAAGUCUAUGGAUUCUAUGAUGAAUGCCUCCGGAAAUAUGGAAAUGCAAGUGUAUGGAGACACUGCGUCCAGUGCUUUGAUUGCUUUGGAUUAGCCGCCCUAAUUGAUGAACAAGUCCUUUGUGUACACGGCGGUUUGAGUCCAGACGUUCGCACUCUAGACCAAGUACGAGCCAUUGAUCGGAAUCAAGAGAUCCCUCACGAAGGUGCCUUUUGCGAUUUGGUCUGGAGUGAUCCAGAAGACAUUGCUGGCAGUUGGCAGCUCUCGCCUCGUGGGGCCGGCUACUUGUUUGGAAAGCGGGUCACGGAUGAAUUCCACGAAGUCAACGAUUUGCAGUGCCUGGCUCGGGCACACCAGUUGGUCAUGGAAGGCCGAAAAUAUCAUUUUGACAAGAGGCUUGUGACUGUUUGGUCAGCACCAAACUACUGCUAUCGAUGCGGGAAUGUGGCUGCCAUUUUGGAGAUUGGGGACAAGCCUGCAAAAACAAACAACUCGGCCUCUAACAAUAGCAAUGACGAAGCAGAACAAAAGGCAGAGAACGAAGGUUUCGAAGGAAGCAUACCGCAACGAUUUCAGUUCUUCAAAGAGACUGCAGAGUCUGUUCAUGGGCCACGAGGAGCAGAAAGGGCGCAACUCGUUCCAUACUUUUUGUAA